UCCUGACUCUGGCUCCUGAAACGGCUCGAUGGAGACCUCGUAAACUGGACCAAAAUUUGAUCUAUCAAUCUUGGUUCCAUCCAGAUUUUACCUUAAUUUCCAUUAGCAUAUUUUUCAAACUACUAUAUGGUGUAUCUAUAAAUUUCUAUACGGAAGUGGAUUUAAAAUAUUAGAUAAAUUCAUUUUUCAAAUUUAUAAUAAUUAAAACUUAAUUAAUCAUACGCUAAUAGGUUUUUUCUUUCCUCAAUUAAUCAUCUUUAGUAGAAACGAACACCACAUAACAUUCACUUCCAUUUUGUAAAGCCGUUUCUCCAUUAUCCAAAGAUAUCCACCAAAGAUCAACAUUGUCUGAUCUGAUGAAGACUGCAAGGAGAACCUGAUGCUUCACUUUCCUUUAGCAUCUCUCUACCAAAGCACAAGAUUCUUGGUUCUUCUCCACACCUGAUAAACUGAGGAAGAAUCAUAUCUGCACCUCCAUAGACCUCGUUGAUCGAUCACACACCUGCAAAAAUCCAUUCUCUUCCGGCGAGCAGCCGGCAACUCCGGUCGCCGGCGAGAUGAGCGGCCGCCGGCCGGACGGGAGCUAUGGGCCGGAGUACGGCCCCCAGCCUCCUGAGCAUGAGUAUGGCUUGUACCAUCACUGGCCAUCCAGAGGGAGGGCACCUUGGCCUCUCUACCAUGGCAGGGAUUAUCCUUGGAGAUCACUGGAGCAAAGGGUGAGAAGAGAACCUUUUGUGUUUUCCUCCAGAAUCCGCCAUAUCAACGGUGGCGGUAACCCGAGGCCGAGACAAGAGGACCCCGGACUCACCGAUGCCGAGUUCAAGAAGGCGAUGGAGCAGCUCAACAAGCAGGCAUAUAGGUCCUUAGACCCUCAUAAGAUGGUUGAAUCAAACAGAGGAGGCAGAAACCAUGCAAAGAGUGCAAGAUCCAAGCCAGCUCCAAACAACACGGAAGAGGAGAAAGCAUGUACCAUAUGUUUGGAGACAUUCCUGGCUGGGGAGCAGGUGGUGGCCACACCCUGCAACCACAUAUUUCACCAAGAGUGUAUCACCCCCUGGGUGAAGGGGCAUGGCAACUGCCCGGUGUGCCGGUUCGCGCUAUGCGAGAGGAACACCGUCUCCGACAACAGCCAGAGUGGCGUUGGAGAGGUUGAGGUAGAUCUGGACCUGCUGGAGAUGAUGAGGGCCAUGGAGGAGAUCUUCAGCCGGGUCACAUUCUCAAACUUCAUGCCAUACAACUAGAUGAAUCAGCAUCAGGUCAUGAAGACAUGAACUGAUGAACAAAUGGUAUUCCAGUCUUAAUAUCAUGGUGUGCUACUCACUUGCAUGAUAUUCCACUACGAAUUUCAUCAAGAUUUUCUACCUGGCAAUCUUGUCAAACUGCUUUGUGAAACCAGGUAAUGCAUUGCAACAGUACAAACAACAGGAUGGAUGAACAACUGCAUAUGCAUUAGAGGUAAGGCAGCAAAACUAAUUGUGCGAGAUGUGCCAUAUAUUUCUUCUGAAACACAUACUGUAAUCUUACUCCAACUUGUAUCAUGAUAAUGAAAUAUCUAAGAACCAUUCUAAGAUUUUUAA